AUGUCUUCAAUCCGAGCCAUCAUGAACCCUCACCCCCGCACGUUCAUCAGACCUCAGCACUUCCGCUCUGUCCAGAGCCCUAUCCGCGUGCAAGUAGCAGCUAUGUCGGCCGUCUCAAACGCCAUCGUCAAGGACCAUCGUGAGCUGAAGAAGUACUACACCGAAGUAGUCAACUCCACCGAUCAUGAUCAUCAGCAGCGCUUCGGCAAUCAAUUCGUCUGGGAGCUCGCGCGCCAUUCCAUCAGUGAGGAACUAGUCAUAUACCCAGCUAUGGAGAAGUACAUGGGCGAUAAAGGAAGACGACUUGCCGACCGUGAUCUACCUGCUCUUGAGAAAGCUCUUGCAGCGCAUGCUGAAGACGCGGAUAGUCUGGCUGCGUCGUUUGAACGCACGAGGGCUUUUGUGCCGACGAGGAGUCAUCCUAGUGCUGGGGAGAGUCCGCCUUUUGAGACUGUCAUGGGCCUCAUGGCGGCGCCCAUUGAUAGGCUAGCUGAUAUGUUCCGCAAGUUCCCUGACAAGUGA